GAGAGGUCGCCAUCUUGAAAAACCGAGUGUUGUCUGUAGUUGACGUUCAACGGUUGUUUGUACAUAUUGCAAAUCAAUUUCUAGAUUUUGCAGUCGCACCAUGUGGAGGUUGACUUUGUCAAAGGCGGCCAGGGUUAAACCUUUGCAAGGUUUAACACCCUCCUUGCAAGUUGCAGCUCAACAUUAUGCAACUGCUCCAGCUCCUGAAAAAAUUGAAGUCUUUGUAAAUGACAAAAGUCUGUUAGUUGAUCCCGGAAUAACGGUAUUACAGGCCUGUGCGAUGGCUGGUGUAGAAAUUCCAAGGUUUUGCUAUCAUGACAGACUUUCUGUGGCUGGGAAUUGUCGCAUGUGCCUUGUUGAGGUGGAGAGAUCCAUUAAGCCUGUUGCAUCUUGUGCAAUGCCAGUAAUGAAAGGGAUGAAGGUCAAGACAGACUCACCAAUGACAAGAAAAGCAAGGGAGGGUGUGAUGGAGUUUUUGUUGGUGAAUCAUCCACUGGACUGUCCCAUCUGUGAUCAAGGUGGAGAGUGUGACCUUCAGGAUCAGUCAAUGGCUUUUGGUAGUGACAGAAGCAGAUUUGUAGACAACAGAUUUUCAGGAAAAAGGGCUGUUGAAGACAAAAAUGUAGGGCCACUAAUAAAAACUAUCAUGACACGCUGCAUUCACUGCACCAGAUGCAUUAGGUUUGCCAGUGAGAUUGCUGGUGUAGAUGAUCUGGGUACAACUGGAAGAGGGAAUGACAUGCAAGUUGGAACAUAUGUGGAGAAAAUGUUUAAGUCAGAGCUGUCAGGAAACAUUGUUGAUCUAUGCCCAGUUGGAGCCCUCACAUCAAAACCAUAUGCAUUUACAGCCAGACCCUGGGAACUCAGGAAAACUGAUUCUGUGGAUGUGAUGGAUGCUGUAGGAAGUAAUAUUGUAGUAAACACAAGAUGUGGUGAAGUCAUGAGGAUUCUACCGAGGCUGAAUGAGGAUAUAAAUGAAGAGUGGAUUUCAGACAAGACAAGGUAUUCCUAUGAUGGGCUGAAACGACAGCGUCUCACUAAACCGAUGGUCAAAGAUGACAAAGGGAACCUGAUGCCCUGCACAUGGGAGGAAGCUCUGGUGGAAGUCGCUCAGAAACUAUCCGAGGUCAAGGGUAAUGAAGUAGCAGCUGUCGCUGGGGGAUUUGCCGAUGCUGAGGCCUUGGUGGCUUUGAAAGACUUGCUUAACAAGUUUGACAGUGAGGGGUUGUACACUGAGGAAGGAUUUCCAUCAGAUGGAGCAGGGACUGACUUCAGAUCCAGUUACAUCAUGAAUAGCACCAUCGCAGGAAUUGAGGAUGCAGAUGUAUUGCUGAUUGUCGGGGCUAACCCCAGAUAUGAAGCCCCUCUGGUGAAUGCCCGUAUCCGCAAGGGGUGGAUGCACAAUGACCUCCAAGUUGCUCUUGUUGGUACAAAAGUGGACCUCACAUACACUUAUGAGUAUCUUGGUGAUACGGCUAGCAGCCUGAAAGAGAUUGUAUCUGGGGGACAUGCGUUUUCAAAGGUUUUGGCCAAUGCUGAGCGCCCCAUGAUAUUGGUAGGGAAUACCAUUCUUCAGGGACACGAAGGUGCUGCAGUACAUCAAGUAGUUGCUGAUAUGUCGCACAAGUUGAGGAGUUCUAAGAAAGUCGAGAAAGGCUGGAAGGUCCUUAAUGUGCUACACAGGGUGGCCAGCCAAGUCGCGGCUCUGGAUAUUGGAUACAAGCCUGGAGUCAACAAAAUGACAGAGAAACCCAAACUGCUGUUCUUGCUGGGCGCUGAUGCUGGUCUUGUGAAGCGGGAAGAUCUUCCAAAAGACUGUUUUAUUGUGUAUCAAGGUCACCAUGGCGACCAUGGCGCACACAUCGCUGACGUCGUCCUGCCCGGUGCAGCGUACACAGAGAAGACCGCCACUUACGUAAACACAGAGGGGAGGGCCCAGCAGACCAGGAGGGCUGUCACGCCACCCGUGUACGCGCGUGACGAUUGGAAGAUCAUCAGAGCGCUGUCAGAGAUCGCGGGUAAUACCCUUCCAUACGACAACUUAGAAGAAAUCAGACGAAGACUCUCCGAGCUGUCUCCGAACCUGACUCGGUAUGGUGACGUAGAGGAGGCGAACUUCUUCAACUUAGCUCUGGGUUUGAUGCAGGGCUCUAAAGCACAAUCGUUGAAGCAACCCCUGCAGCCAAGUAUUCUGGAACUGAAGGAUUUCUACAUGACGGACGCCAUUAGCCGUGCUUCGCAGACCAUGGCUAAAUGUGUAAACGCUGUACAAACAAUGAAGUGAAAGCUGUGGAGAGAAAAAAAGAAGAAACUACCAAUUUGUAAAUAGGCCGUUUGAGGAAGCCAUUUACACGCCGCCAAGACAAGCACUGUUACAGUAAUUGAUGGACUUUAUAAUUUUCUGUAUCAAAAUGGUUUCCGUCGUAGGCUUGUAAGAAAUAAAAUAUAUGCGUCAAUCAUUAGGCAAUAAGAGAGCCUACCACAGACAACCAGAGAUGUAGCCUUUAGAUAUGACUAUCACGGAAAAUACAUUUUAUAAAGUUGUCCAUUUUUUAAGUGCUUGGAAUACCUAUUCCAAAUAUAUGCUUCGUGUUCAGACAAGAUGAAAGUUGAGUAUUUCCAACCAAUUGUGAGACUACGUUGAAUAAAUAUUUCAAUUGUUAUCAAAGCAGCCAAGAACAAACUCAAAGUUCUUAAAGAUUAGGAGCGCUACAAUUCUACGAAAAGUCAUUGUUCGGAGCUGAAAAUGUUUCACAUUCAAAUCCCGAUUUAAACGAAGCAUUUGGUAACUUAGUAAACUGGCGGGCUGUGUGUAAAAUUGAAGAGUUGUUAUAGUCUGUCAGAUUAUUUUUGUAUAGUUUCAUUCGUUUACACGAGUGAUGGUGGCAGCAUGUAAUAAAAUGAGUUAAGUCGUA